UUUAAGAUAAGCCCUUGAAUACAUUAACAAAUUUGCAUCCAUAUCACCCUCGUACACACCCCAAUUUCAUUCCAGAAAAAGAAAUUUUAGCCUAAAAUGGCUUGUGCUUGUGCUUCCCCUGCCAUUGCAGCUGUCUCCAUCUCCUCUCCAAGUUCCCAAAAGAGUGGAUCCAUAGUAGGGGCAACAAAAGCUUCUUUCCUUAGUGGAAAGAAGUUGAGAUUGAGAAGCAACACAUCUUCACCAGUGGUUUCAAGAUCUGUUACAGUUUGUGCAGCUGCAGAUCCUGACAGACCUCUUUGGUUCCCAGGCAGCACUCCUCCUCCAUGGCUUGAUGGCAGUCUCCCUGGAGACUUUGGCUUCGAUCCCUUAGGUCUUGGAUCUGAUCCUGAAACUCUGAGAUGGAAUGUACAAGCAGAGCUUGUUCACUGCAGAUGGGCAAUGUUAGGUGCAGCUGGAAUUUUCAUUCCAGAAUUCCUAACAAAAAUUGGUAUAUUAAACACACCUUCAUGGUAUGAUGCUGGUAAACUAGAAUACUUCACAGAUACCACAACCCUCUUCAUUAUUGAGCUCAUUCUAAUCGGUUGGGCUGAGGGAAGAAGAUGGGCAGAUAUUCUUAAACCAGGGUCUGUUAACACUGACCCAAUUUUCCCCAACAACAAGCUUACUGGAACCGAUGUUGGUUACCCAGGUGGGUUAUGGUUUGACCCACUUGGUUGGGGAAGUGGUUCUCCGGAAAAGAUUAAAGAGUUGAGGACAAAGGAGAUUAAAAAUGGUAGAUUGGCUAUGUUGGCUGUAAUGGGUGCUUGGUUCCAACAUAUUUAUACAGGCACAGGCCCUAUUGACAAUCUUUUUGCCCAUCUUGCUGAUCCUGGUCAUGCCACCGUUUUUGCUGCUUUCAGCCCCAAGUGAAGGAUCCAGAGAAAGUGCCAAGCAAAGGCUUGAAAAUAUGGGAGAAACGCUGGGAAAGAGCAUGAAAGAUUUGUAUUUGUCGAAAGAACCUUUUGUAUCAUUAGAACUUGUAAUGCCUGUGUUACGGUUUUUCUCAUAGAAAAAGAAUGCUGGUGGAUUAGUGUACAAAAUUUCUAAAUUAGAUAUAUGUUUUAUAUAUAUCUUAGCUAGUAAAAAGCAUCCAUUAAGGGAAUUGAUAA